UAUUCCUUUCGUCGUGCUCUGGUCAAUUCAAAAACAGUUCUUCAACGAGUCGGACGUGUCGUGCGCGUGUUGCUUUAAAUAGUAAAAGAUAAUUUGAAUCGGAAAAGGAAACCAACAAUUAAGCAAAAUGGAUUGUGGAACAUCUAUGGUUAAAUAUAUACUCUUUAUAUUCAAUACCAUUGUGUCGAUUAUUGGCAUUUUGGGCAUUGUGUUUGGCGUGAUCAUACUGCAGAGCGUUGGCACCAUUGAGGUCAAUGGCCAGACCGGCUUCCCACCUCAGGCAGCGAUGCCCAUCCUGAUGAUCACCCUUGGCUCUCUGGUAGUGUUCAUCUCGUUCCUGGGCUGCUGCGGUGCCAUUCGCGAAUCUGUGUGCAUGAUGAUGAGCUAUGCCGUCUGUCUCUUGGUCCUGCUCAUUCUUCAGCUUACAAUUGUUGUACUGUUGUUCACUAACAAGGAGAAGUUCGAUACUGCCAUGGGUGAAGUGAUUGACAAGGCCUGGGCUUCGCCGGAAGCCCGUGAGGGCGGUGUAUUUGAUGCCAUUCAGAAAUCGCUUCAUUGCUGCGGCAGCAACGGUGCUCAGGAUUACGUUUCAUUGAGCUUCUUUAACAGCGGACUUCCUUCUAGCUGCUGUGAUGGAACUUGCACUAAUCCAUUGAACAUUUAUGGUGGUUGCCGUGCUAAGUUUGUUGAUUUCAUGUCUGGUAACUCCGAGAAGGCCAAAUACGUCGGUCUGGGUCUCAUUGUUGUUGAGCUGGUUGGCUUCAUCUUCGCUUGUUGCUUGGCAAAUAAUGUUCGCAACUACAAGCGCCGCAAUGGUUACUAAAUCAAGCAUUUAAAUACAACGCAACCAUAUAUAUACACACACUCACACAUACAUUCUCAUUAACUCUAUAAUAUGUAUUGCCGUACAACGCACACACAGAGUAAAAGAAAACAAAAACAAUGUGAAAUAUUGGAAAUAUAUUCGAUGUAAACCAUUUGGUUACAAAAAUAUUUAAGUUAUUUGUUUAAACAAGAAAAAUGAAACUAUUUUGCAAAAAAUGAAUUAUAACUAAAAAUCGAGUAUAAACUAGUGUAAGCGCUUAAAUAUUGUCCAAAUAUUACUUUCAUAACAAAUUGCUCUUUUUAAUUACCUAAAAAGUAAAAAAAAAAAAACAAACAAAAAAAUCCAAAGUCGUACAAAGCUAUAAAUAACAAUAAACAAAACGCUGAUGGACAGCAACAACAAUUUAUGUUACAAUAAGCAACGAAGAGCGAAUCUUGAUGUUGAUUUUUAUAAAUUUAUACAUACGAAUACUAUGUAGUGUUAAAGCCUUAUGCUAUAUUUGUACCAGUGUACAAGUGUCCAAAUGAAUAUAUGUAUACAUUAAAAGUUGUUCAUCAUUUUAUCUGUAAAUUGGAAUCUCUUAAAGUUUUUACAUUUGACCCACAUUAAUAUGAAUUUUGAAGUAAAAGUGCAGUCAAAACUCGAAUGACAACAUCGUGAAUGAAUAAAGCAUUUAAGACGUAUUUAUAUACAUAUACAAAAUAAUAAUAAAAAGUGAAACGAACCACA